AAGGGAGCGUAGAAGAUGACAAUGAACAGAAAAAGGGAGAAGAGAGAAAGAAAAGGAAAGAAAAAGAAAGAUAAAUGGAAGGGGUAAGCUUAUGUUAGGUCUCGAGUAGUUGUACAGGCAGUAUACCUCUCGGUUAUUGCUUCCAUUCUGAAUCCCUCUUGGGUAUGUACUUGUAUUCAAGACAAAUUCUUGCUAUUACUGAUUCUUUCCUUUAGCCACCUUCUUUUUGACCAUAGUACAGUAAUUGAGGUUGUUGGCUUCAACUGUAUUGUCACCCUACAGAUUCACUAACUUAUUAUUCUACCAAUUAUUCCUGAGUUACCUUGUCACUGCUGUUGCUUGAUAUCACUAACUUGUAGAAGAGUCUUGGGGAUGAAGUGUUCAAUAUGGUCUCCUUCAGCACCCUCAGUAGCCAGUACAGUAUAUCUGCUCAUUCAUUUUCACAAAUUCCAACAUUAAAAGAAAUCCAUGGAAACUUGAUCUUCCUUCCCUGAUUAGUUAGCAUUUUUACAGCUCUCUUGAUUUCAGAAAUGUGCCUUAGUUGCUGAUUUUUUUUUUCAAUGACAAUGUAGUGUAACUUGAGUCAGUGCAGAUCACUGCUUCCCUUGUGCUGCUGAGUACUGUAUCUUAAUGCAGAAUGAUGGCAAUGAGCUCUGCUUGCAUUGAGGAGGCAUGGGUCUUGCUCUGUUCUUUUUCUUCAUUUUCAUUUUGAGACAGAUUAUUCCUUUACCCUACUGUUUAUUUAAUCUGAAAGAGCAUUUUGAGAGUGUGAUGUGAACCUUCACUGUCACCGAUCAAAGGUAUUAGCACCGAUAAAUUAACUGUAAAAUGUAAAUACAGUAUUUUGGUAUUACAGUACAUCUUGAUAUGCCUAAGUUUCUAACUCAACAGCUUGGAAAAACUAACUUAGAACUUCACAUUUUUUUUUUAGUACAGUACAGUGAAAAUUAAAACUUGCAUUUCAAGAAUGUAAAAGAAAAGGGUAAUUCUGAGGAGUAAGUGCUUUACCAAUGUGACUAUAGUAUAGCAUUUGGAAGGGGGAGGGGAGGGGGAAUGAGGACAAUGUCCAACUACAUGGACCAUUGGGUAUUGAACUCUGACCUUGCAAAGAGAGGCAUUCACUCUACCGACCAGUCCAAGAAGCAAUGAUUGGAGAAGUUUGGUUUUAUUCACUACUCUACUGGUUAUUUGCACUAGUAGUGAUAUUUCCACCAGAUGAAGCAGUUGCUGCUGGACUCACUGUUGAAGCUCUUCUUUCAUCAUGUUUGGGCAGCCAGUUUACAGGUUUUAUUCAGUACCAAAUAAGGAGAACUGGAGCCACUAUUAUUGUGCACACAUUACUCCUUCCAGGUUAUAUACUGAUGCUCAUCAAACAAGAAAUUUCACUGGUGCAUUGGGCAAAUACUCAAAUUCACCCAGAUACUGCAGCAAUAACAGUUAUAGCUUCAUUUGUGCCAGUGCUAAUAACAGCGUUGAUAGUUGGAAACUGGUGGCGAGACAACUGGCAGCGUCAUCCUUUAAGUUGCACGUUGGCUCUGUAUAGCCAGGGAAAUACAGCAUCAUCCAAUGCAUGGGUAUCUGUGGCUUCUGAUGUCAACAUUGAGUUUCGAAGGAUUGAUAAGUUCACCACAAAACCCAACAGUGUAUGCCGUGUGAUUGCCACUGACAGCUGGUUGAUGAAGGUGACAGCCUACAGAGUCUACUUAAUACAUCAUCGUGAUGCAGUUUUGUCACUGGAGAGUAGUGAAAAUCAUCAACUUGCUCAGAACCGUACCUUGGAUACACAACUACUUGACAUCAAAGUUACAUCUAUUAGGGAAGGGAUACCAUCUUUCUAUAUAAGAUUGAGUUCCUUAGAAUAUAAGGAUUUAGAGAGGAAAAUUGUCAAUCCAGUGAUAAAUGCACGCCAAGUUGUAGUGCAUCAAAGCCUUUCUGACCGGUUUCUUGAAGCUUUCCUUGAAACUGUAAAUGUAAACCCUGAAGUCUUCAUUGCUGAUGAGCCAACUAUGUGCAUUGGUUGCAUGGAAGUGACAGCCAAUGUGACACUGCAGCGUCGAUGUGGAAGUGUAAAUACUGGAUCGGGUAGUGACUGUGUUGCCUGCUAUUGUAGGCCUAUGUGGUGUGUAUCGUGUUUAAGUAAGUGGUUUGCUGCCCGACAAGAUCAGAACCUCCCAGAAUCGUGGUUAUCUUCCAAAGCUCCCUGUCCAACCUGCCGCUCAACAUUCUGCCUUCUUGAUGUCUGCAUAAUAUCUAACCACUGAUAUAAGUAUUUAUCACAACAUUAUGUUAAUUUAUAAAUAUAUUGACAUACAUGUAUAGUCACUGAUCUAUUAUGUGUCAACAAAUUAGUUAAUUAGUUGCUCUGCUGAUAAAAUAUCCACAAAAAUUAUAUAAUUAGUUUUUUGGCGGGGCUGUUUUUUGUAUAGUUUAGAGGUAUAUUAUGAUCAAAAUUCUGUUAAUGAUGGUGGGAUAUCUGAAUAGAAUUAAGUGUACAGUACAGUAUUACAGUAAUCAUUUCAGUCAUUUAGUUUGCACAUGAAUAAUGUCUUUGCCUUAAUAUAUAUAUUUGAGUGAACGAGCAGCUGACUCCUGGAUAACAGAUCAGGGAAAGUACAUAAAAUAAAUAAAAGGAAACUUUGUGACUCGUGAUAGAAAUUUCUUCGUGGUUUGUCUCAAUGUAUUUGUUGAACAUUAUUUUAGGAAGAAGCAGCAUUACUGACUUUUUGUCACGUGACAAUGCUUUGUUUCUUAUGUGCUUUCUCCUUUUCAAUCUUGCUGUCAGUAUUAAAAACUUAACUUGUUAAUUGGUAUUAUAGAUCAGACUUUGAGCCUCUUUGAUUGUCCCCAUAUGAUCUUCAACAAGCAACUUUAUGUAUUAUGCCUAUUUUUAUCAUUUUUCAUUGUUUUUAUUUUUGUUUUGCCUUAAAGGUUUCAUUCUUGUCAAGUGUUCUGAUAUCCAUUAUCCACCACUUUUCUUUUUUUUCCUAAAUGCAAUACAGUACUAUAAAAAUGUAUAAAUGUAAUUUUCUCUUGUUAAUGCAUAAUUGUCAUCUGUCAUGUCAAUAUAUUUUUCUAUUGUGUAUAAUUGUUUACCACUUAAUUAUAAUGUGCAAUAGUGUACAUCUCUUUUUUUUUUUAAAUGUCAAAUAUCACUCAUCAAAUUUAUUGUAAUUUUUAUAUGCUUUUAUGUCUUUUUAUUAGAGGAAAUAAUAUAAGGUUUAUAUGUAUUUUAUCUCAUAAAAUACCAUACAGUCAAUAAUAUGAAUUGCACAAAGCAGUCAUUGUUGUGAUGUUGUGAUGUUGCAGUCAUUGGUAGUACAGUAUAAUAAACAUACUGAAUAACUGACUUUUUAAAAUAUUCUUUAUUUAUUAGUAACAAAAUAAAACAAAUUUAACAUUUCUGUUUUGCUAUUUUAGCAAAAAAAAAAAAACUUAUUUUGUACAGAGUGCAGCAGAAAGUCACUUCCAUUUUAAUGACCGCAUGGCAGAGUUGCUUAUUCAUGCAUUAUGUUAUUUUUAUUGCCUGUAAUUUUAGUGUGAAGCAUAGAAUUUGGCUGGUACAAGUGGACCAUAAUUGACAUACAACAGUGUAUGACAUUUAACUGAUAUGAACAUGUUAAAUUUAUAAUAACUUGCAUUAUAAUUUGUUUGACCAGACGCUUUAUACUGAGAUCAGUGAUUUCUUGUAAAUAAUUAAAUAUGUUUUUGUGUAUAUAGUUAAUGCUUUCUUUAUGGGUAUCUAGCUGUCAAAGCAUUGUUUUUGACAGCUAAAUUAUCUUGACACAUUCUGAAGUAAAUAAAUGUUACACUGAGCAAAUUUUCAUCAUGUUACCUGUUUAAUUUGUAUUUGUUAAUUUGGUUAUAUUUUUAUAACACAUCAUAUUUUCAAUAAAAUACAAUAUUUUU